AAAGAUUUUACGAUCCUGUACAGAAUGUUACUUUAAGUGCAGACCUAAGUGACACUGCGAAUAUUGAAAGAGGAAGAAGUUAUGUAACAAAACGUAAAUCAGUAUUUUCAAUACCUCACAUUCCAUCUCAUAUAUCUUCUGCGAGUGCAAAUAUGAGACGUAUUAGAAAGGCGUCUAAACAAUUCGAUACAUCUAUCAAACAUGGUAGUGCAGAUACAUCAGGUUUAGGCAGUAGCCUAGAUUGGGUAUCUUUAGAAACCGGACAAACCCCAUUCUACCGAAAAAUGUCUUCACAAUAUGUACAUAAUCCAAGAACUAUUAUUACUGUUCAUAAAAGUUUGGAUGAAAAGCAAACUACUCGCCCUCUUGUUGUAAAAAAACACUUGACUAGUGAUGAUGGGGAUACUGAAAGAUAUUUAUUACAAGAGUUUCCCUUAAAAAUAUAUACUUCCACUAUAGCACCCGGAAAUCCACAGGAAUCCUUUUUAAAUAGAGAUUUUGUAAAAUCCUCUCAACAUAGGCAGAAGCCUGUAAAAUUGCAGCAACCGGUUUAUCAACCAGAUUACCAUCUAGAAACAACGAUCAGUGUCAGUGAAUCUGGUUCACCAUACAGAGCAAAAAGUGAUAUUCCACCACGUCGUACUAUAAGAGAUCCUCAUAUGAUAACAAGAAGCUUUGACCAGGCAUAUUAUGCUCAUAAUAUACCAUACAAUCACUCAAACAUACCAACAACAAACGUAUCCAGAAGUGAUGUAGGCAGUGUACCACUAACUUAUUUCGACCAACAUGAAACAAUAAACUGGCCAAUUUUCACUGAAACUGAUGUUAACCUCUCAAGAUAUGCCUCAGGUUUAGAUGAUGAUACGCGAGAGAAAAUGUUAACAGAUAUGCGGAAUCGCUCAGUACAUUGGGGUCCAAUAUAUAGAAAAGAUCGACGGUAUUAUCCAAAGGACUAUUAUUGGAUGAACCAACAACAACGAAAACGACAUGAACAGCAAAAAUCGAAGACAAUUUACAGGAGAUCACAUACAUUAGGUGAUAGUGUGGAGAAUAUUGACACUGAUUGGAUGCCAACUAGAUCAAAAGCACAGUUAAAAACACAACUUUACACUACACCCCCACCGACUGAUGAGAAAGAAGCUUACUAUAAUGGUUUAUUAAUGGAGCAUAAACUUAAAGAACCUCAUAUGGAUUUUCAAACCUUUUGUAGAUUGAGACGAUUAGGUCGAUUUAAUGAAAAAUAUCAUUUUGGAUUAGAUACGGGCAUAAUAGAUGAAUCACAAAAAUUAUUACGAGAAUCACAAGAUUCUUUUCAUCUUAAACCUACAUAUUCAACUCGUAGAAGAUGGACUUCAGCUGAAAUACCUGAAGUAAAAGUUUCACCAGUUUUUGCUGAUUCAGCUGAAAUAAAGUAUGGUGAGAAUGAAAGAGAAGAUCAUAGAACAAUUGAACAUUUUGAUCAAGUUUAUCCAAUCGAUGUAUACAAUUACACUAAAUAUACGACUGGUAGAAAACGUCCUUAUCAUGAACAAUUUUCUCCAUAUGAUCAACAUCGAAUCGCCUAUGAAGAUGAAGUUAUCAAACGUCCAUGGAGUCAAACUCAUAAAACAGAUAGAUAUUUAACUCCACACAGAGGUGAUUCAUUGAGAAAAGCUUUAAGUUUAGAUAAACCAUCAUAUAUACCAACUCCAUUGCAUAAACUAUCUUCAUCACAACAAUAUUAUCAUUCAUCUCCUGAACAAUUAAAACAUCCUGAAGAAAGUUUAGAAUCGAAAUUUACACGUCAACAACACUUUAAAUAUCAUAUUCCAUAUUAUUCUUCAUCAUUUGACUAUCCAUCAUUGUCAAGUAGUAAAACAAGACCAUUAAUUCAUCCAGGUUAUAUUCAAACUUAUAAUUUUUUCUCUCCAAUUGAAGAAAAAGGUGAUUUUGAAUCUGAAACAAAAGGUCAUCCAUUAAUGAGUAGAUUUAAUGAGGAUAAAGAUGAUAUAUGUGAAAAAAAUGAAAAAAUUUAUCCUAUGCAAAUCAAAGACGAUCAUGGGCUUUCAGCACAUAAACAAAAGUCUGCAUCACAUGUUACUACUGAUAUUACUGGUGAUACAAGUAAUCAUAGAAGUCAAAAAAAGAUUUAUCAAUCACCAUUAAAGAAAACAAUUUCACCUAGUGCGUCAACAGAUGAUAUUAUACCAUAUGAUAGAAAAUCUUUUAUAUCACAUAAAGAAGUUCGAAUUAAUGAAUCACAAACUCAUGAACCAACUGGAAUUAAAAAAUCAGUGACAUUAUCAAAUGAUAUUAAUAUUAAACAAUCACCACAAACUACAACACGACAUACUACAACUAUGUCAUCGAGUGGAAUUUUAAAAGUGUCUGUACAUUUAGGUGAAAGUGAAAUACAAGAAUUUGCUGAAUACUGGGACCAUAGUAUAUUUUCAGGUGCAAGAAUCACUGCAGUUUGUUUAGCUGGAGUAGCUUCUGUUUGCUUAGUUUGUUCUGUAUGUGCCAGCACAUGGUUAUAUCAGGGAUAUGCAAACAAUAUUACACAUAGUGGAUUUUGGAAACGUUGUAACUAUUUCAAUCAAACAUGUGAAAUCAUGCUUCCUUUUAUCACUAAACAUGAAGGCUGGCAAGACGGUGCAUUCUUUAUACUUGUAUUGGCUAUAUUAUUAGGAUUUUUAGGAUUGAGUCUUUCAGUGGCUGGCCACUUAGUUUAUGCUCUUCCGAAAAGAUUAUAUUAUUUUCAUUCAGGCGGUGAGGCACAUGUCGUUGCAGCAUUUGUUACUGCCUUAUCAGUGCUUAUUUAUCACAUCACUAUAAAAUUACAUUUACGAACAGAAGGUCCUGUAAAUUUUGGUGAAGCAUAUGGUAUUUCAUGGUUUGCAUGUUUUCUACAUAUAAUGGCAGCAAUUUUAUUGCUUUUAGAUGAAAUUAUUAAUGAAUUAGUGAAUUUAGCUCGUCGAGUACAUUGUGUACGUACUUGUUUAAAAUGUAUUAUACAUACAUAUAGUAAAACUGUUCAGAAAAAACGUCAAUUAUUUACUCAUUAUAAUAUAAAAUUUUACAAUGAUAAAUAAACACUCUUUUUUAAAUAAAAACAAAAAAUUCAAUGAAAAACAAAUUAUUAUUGAUAUACAUCAUUUAGAGAACUUAUUCAUAUUGUUUUGUGUCUUUCUUGUAUACUUAUUAUUAUUAUUAUUAAUAUGCAUUGAAUAUUCUAAAAUAUUGAUUCUUUCGACUUUAAUUGGCUCAACAUUCAAUAGAAAAAGAAAUAAUCCUAGAGGAAUUCUUUUCAUUAUAUAAGGGAACUUCAAAGAUUAGUUAAUAUGAAUACACAAAUUAUCAUUUUCAGUUAAUCAUUCUAUGACAGUAUUGAAGAUCAUAAAUAAAUGCACAAGAUUACACAAGCCAUAAAUAAUGACAAAAAGUCAAGUACAUAAUAAUAAUACCUUGAGAAUGUAAUUAUUUUACUAAUUAUUUUGAGCUACUUAAUUAUUUAUAAGUAGCUAAUGUUUUUCUUAAAAUAUUUGUGGAUAUUAUAUUAAAAAAACAUUUCCAUUGUAUAUCAAUUCACUAGAAAAUGCCGGAACAUUUCAUGCAAUCUGACAAAAACGUUUUUCUACUUCCUGAACAUAAGUGGUUUGUUUUUUCUUCCGAUUUCUAUGCAUAUAUAUGUGAUCUUAUGUUUAGGUUUUUGAAAUAAUAACCAUUUAGAACUGAUUGAUAUUAAGUACGUUGUAAUUUAUCCUUUUUUAGCAGGGUGGGGAUGGGGAAUUUAUCUACUUUUGUUUCUGUUUUAAUUUAUAACCUUUAUUUAAAAAGAAAACAAUUUGUGAAAUACAAUUAGAAAUAAACAAAUAUGAUUGUAAUUGGCUCCAUAAGAAAUUAUAAUAUGAAUGAAAUUUAAUAAAUUAUAUUAUAAA